GCGUCUGCGGCGGCAGGUGUGAGUUUUUCAGGAAUUGUCCAAAUGGAUGAAGAUGUACAUUACAAUAAAGUUGAAGACGUGGUUGGGAGUCACAUAGAAGAUGCUGUAACAUUUUGGGCCCAGAGUAUCAGUAGAAAUAAGGAUAUCAUGAAGAUUGGUUGCUCACUGUCUGACAUUUGUCCUCAUGGCACUUCAGUUUUGGGGAAUCUUGAUCUAACGAAGAUUUAUGGUGGAUUAUUUUCUGAAGAUAAAUGUUGGUACAGAUGCAAAGUACUGAAAAUCAUCAGUGAUGAAAAGUGUCUGGUGAGGUACAUUGACUAUGGAAAUACUGAAAUGCUAAAUCGAUCUGAUGUAGUUGAAAUUCCUUUGGAGCUUCAAUUUUCUAGUGUUGCCAAAAAGUAUAGACUUUGGGGAUUACAGAUUCCUUCUGAUCAAGAAGUUACCCAGUUUGAUCAGGGCAGAACCUUUUUGGGGAGCUUGAUUUUUGAAAAGGAAAUAAAAAUGAGAAUUAAGGCAACCUGUCAAGAUGGAACAGUUAUUGCUCAGGCUGAGUAUGGCAGUGUGGAUAUAGGGGAAGAGGUGGUUAAGAAAGGAUUUGCAGAAAAAUGCAAACUCUCUUCCAGAACUGACAUUUGUGAGGGAAAAAAAUCAGAUCCUGGUCACCUUGCUUUCAGGAGCCUCAAAAACCCCAUUCCCUCGUGGGGGCAUAGAUCAAACCAGUCAGCCUUCAGCAGAUCAAAGGGACGCUUAAGUGGGAAACUGGCUUCUGACUCAAAGCAUGAAAAUGAUGCAGGAAAUCCUGUGACAUUUCCAAAGGAAAUUUUGGCUGUUGGUGACCUUAAUUUGGGGUCUAAUGUUAGCCUGGCAAAAAUUAAGCAGGACCAGAAACUGAUUGAAGAAAAUGAAAAACUUAAAACAGAGAAGGAUGCUCUUCUUGAAAGCUAUAAGGCAUUAGAGUUGAAAGUAGAACAGAUUGCCCAGGAGCUGCAGCAAGAGAAAGCAACUUCCAUGGAUUUGACUCACCAUUUAGAAAGCACUCUGAAGGCUCAUGUAGGUACCAGAAUGAAAAAUCUGGCAGCUAGGAUGGAUCUAUUGAAAGAAACUAGGCGUGUCAGCAUCAGUGUUCAUUUUGGAAAUGACCUUUCAGAUGCUAUACAAGUAUUGGAAGAAGGGUGCUUUACCAUCCCAGCUUCUUUGAAUGAAUUAGAGAUAAUUUGGGCAGAAUAUGAUCUGGCUCAGGAGCAAAUUCAAACUUGUCAAGAUUUGAAUGAAGGGAAUAUUUUGAUUGCUGAAAGAAAUGAAAUUCAACAGAAGCUGUAUAUGGCAGUAGACGUGUUUAUUCUAGAAGUAAAUGAGUUACCUCUUACUAAACGCUUAAAAUCCUUGCAGGAUUUGUCAGCCUCUUUAGAGGCAGUUUAUGGACAGGCCAAAGAAGGAAUAAACUGUGAAGAAAUACUUAGAACAUUUCAUGACUGGAAGUGUAAUAAGAGAGAGGAGUUCACCAAAGUUAGAAGUGAUACAGAGGCUUCACUACAGUGUCUUCUAGCAUGGUUCCAGAGAAACUUAAAGGUUUUUGAUCUAUCUGUGGAAGAAUCACUAACUUCUGAAGACACAAAUGGUAAUAUUGAUGAAAUCCUAGAGAAGACUGAGUCAAGUGUCUGCAAAGAGCUGGAGGUAUCUCUGAUUGAGCAAGGUGUUGCAGACAAGGAGAUCAUUUUAAAUACAUAUAGUCAAGUACUGCAGAAGAUUCGCUCAGAGGAAAGGCUUAUUGCCAAAGUACAGUCUAAGUACAAGGACAGUAUUGAGUUUAAAGAGCAGAUUAUUGAAUGUUUAAACAAGAGUCCCAGUGUGGAUCACUUGCUGUCCAUUAAGAAGACAUUGAAAAACUUAAAAGCUCAACUGAGAUGGAAAUUGGUUGAAAAGAAUAAUUUGGAAGAAUUUGAUGACCAUGAUGACUUCGAAAUUGAGAAAAUCAAACAAGAAAUAAAUCAGCUGCGAAAUAAUGUCUUUCACGAAAUCUAUCACGAGAGGGAAGAAUAUGAGAAGCUGAAUAGCUUGGCACAGAAAUGGUUUCCUGAGCUGCCUCUGCUUCAUCCUGAAAUAGGAUUACCUAAAUACAUGAACUCUGGUGGUCUUCUUACUAUGAGCUUGGAACGGGAUCUCCUUGAUGCUAAACCCAUGAAGGAACUUAGCAGUAAGCGUCCUUUGGUAUGUUCUGAGGUUAAUGGACAGAUAAUUCUUUUAAAGGGCUAUUCCGUGGAUGUUGACACAGAAGCCAAGGUGAUUCAGCGAGCAGCCGCCUACCAUGGUGCUUGGAGAGAAGCUAAAGAAGAGUCGGGGUUGCUACCACUGAUAUUCCUGUUUCUGUGUAAGUCUGAUCCCAUGGCUUACCUGAUGGUCCCGUACCAUCCCAGGGCAAACCUGCGUGCUGUUCAAGCCAGUAGGCCUUUGACUGCCGAAGAAACUUUAAAGGUCAUGAAAGGUGUUGCCCAGGGCCUGAAUACAUUGCACAAGGCUGACAUAAUUCAUGGAUCACUUCAUCAGAACAAUGUAUUUGCUUUAAACCGUGAACAAGGAAUUGUUGGAGAUUUUGACUUCACCAAAUCUGUGAAUCAGCGAGCCUCAGUGAAUAUGAUGGUUGGUGACUUGAGUUUGAUAUCACCUGAAUUGAGAAUGGGAAAACCUGCUUCUCCAAGUUCAGACUUAUAUGCAUAUGGCUGCCUUUUAUUAUGGCUUUCUGUUCAAAAUCAGGAAUUUGAGACAAAUAAAGAUGGAAUCCCAAAAGUGGAUCAGUUUCAUUUGGAUGAUAAUGUCAAAUCUCUCCUCUGUAGCUUGAUAUAUUGUAGAAGUUCAAUGACGGCUGAGCAAGUUUUGAAUGCUGACUGUUUCUUGAUAUUGAAGGGGAAAUCAGUUCCAAACCCAGAAAAAGUUACUGAAUAUACCCAAUAUAAAAAAGAAGAAGAAAUAAAGAUGUAGAACUUGGAUAAAUAUAAGGAAAAGACAGGAAACGAUGAAGCCAACUUUGAUAAAUUAGUAUUCUCUUUUUGUUGCAGAUUUACUUUUUAAAAAUUUUUGAUUAAUAAACAAAAUCUGGAAAUGUUCUGGAACUAGUUGAGUUGUAUCUUUGGUAUGCAGGUUAUGAGAAAUAAAGCAUGUUUGG